GUUCUGCACUGGUCCACCAGCACACACCUACCGACAGUGGACUGACAGGGCAGCACUGCCUUCUGAGUUCUGAGAUUGGACACUAUCGGAUUACUAAAUUGUCGAUGUGUCCCGCGAAGGCGAAGUUCAUGAAUCGUUGUGAUUUGCGUGUCUUACAAUUAGCUUCGGUCACAAUCUUGUUCCUGGAUUCCGUUGUUCGACUGUGAUAUCCUAGUUCCUGUAGUCAACAUUGUUAGGUGAAAUUUAGAUAUCAAGUGCAGUAGUAGUGCAAUUAGAAGAGUGAUAUUAGAAGCUGAAAAUGUCGCUCCAGAUCAAUGAGCGCCUGUGAUAUAAUAGUAUUAGCGUCAAACAAAGGCUUAUCGCAAACACUUUUCAGUGAUAAUCACACGCGAGAUCAGUUCAAAGCGGCCAAUCUAGGAUUCGCGUUCCGGACGGCGAUGUACAGUGAUAAGAAGCGCAGUGUUUACGUUGAAAGUAGCGGUGAUAAGGACAAAUGUUUCCCUUACUCGAUUCUCUGGAGACAACAACAACAACAGCAGCAGCAGCACCACCAACAACAACGUCAAUCUCAUCAAAUGCCUCCAUUUCAAGUGCCGAUGAAUCCACUUGUUAAUGGUUGUAUUGAACCUCCGGCGUCACCAGGAUCAGCCUUCUAUACGAAAACCAUGGUGACGGACGUGGGCAUUUGUUUUAGCAUGAGUAAUGUGAAUCUAAACAGUGAAUAUCCACCUUACCUUGGUCAUCCGUCGUUAUCCGUUCUUGGUAAAGGUUAUGCCAACGAAACCUGGCCAUCGGCAUCCGGUUCUGCCGCCGCUUCCGCGCUUGCCAAGUACCGUACGACAACUCCAGCGUUCAGGCCACUAAAUCGCUCUCCACCCAACAAUUCCCACUCACCACCCUCAGUCGCUGGCCCCUAUGUAGCAACUCCCUACAGUCCGUAUUAUUUUGCACACCCAAAAAUCCCGAUCAAAAUCUACAACAACCGCAACCAUUUGUACCCUUCGAACGGUCGGAACGCGGACGAUCCGACCACAUCUGCCUCGGUGGCUGAUGCAGUUUACGGUCAUGAGUUUAACGGCUACUACGGUUAUACGAUCGCGGAUUCGCAAGCCGUCGAACCGAACAAAUAUCAGCAACUCGGUGAAGGCUUCCAAUCGCAUCGAAACGCCCACCACACGUACCUCAACAGCCAUUGCUACGACAUCUGCAUGACCAAAGCCAGUGAUGAAAUCCAAACCGGAAUGGACUCACGCAGCCAACCUCCGGAUAGUCCUCCGAUCAACGUUGUCGAUGGCGAUGAUCCGGUGAGUGAAGGAAGUGAAAUUGCCUCUCCGAAUGAUGUUCCGUGUCUACCGAAUCAAGAUCAGGAAGAGCCGCAGGAUUUUAGCCUGAAGGGCAGAGUCUCGGCCGACGGGAGCUGUAACGUCGUUACUCCACCGAUAAUGGAGCUGGACGAGGACGAGCUGAUGGAGGAAGAGUGCACCCGACGAACGGCGGCACCGAAGAAGAAGUGGAUUCGGCAGCAUUUGAAGGACGAACCUCUCGUAAACGGACAUUCCACAGCACCACCGCUCGUUGUGAUAUCGACUAAUGGUAGCAGCAGCAUUAGCAGUAGCAACACCAUCAGCAGCCACCAGAAACACCAUCCCGCCUCUUCCCUUACGAUUGAUCUCUCGACUAAGAGCAGCUCCGGUGGCAACGGUCAUCCGCACCUGUCCAGCACGCCGCCAUCGUCCGGCUGUUCGUCGUCGUCCUCUACGCUUACCAUCUCGCCAGUGGAUGAUUCGCAAUCGUCGCUUAAUCUAAGCAGCGGUUCCAGUGGCUACAUCACCAGCAAUAGUGCUAACAGUUCUAGCUCGCUGAAUCUCAGCGGCAGCAACAGCGGAUCGUCUCCACUUCCCCUGGGCACCCUUAACGGUAUUCACGGGUCCAAUUCACCCUCGCUGCCCCAUGAUCUCGUUAUCGUACAGCAACAGCAGCAGCAGCAGCAUCAGCCACAACAAAGCCAGCAACAACUUAGUCAUCUGGUCCAAGUCGGCCAAAGCCUCGGUCAUAUCCCGACGGGAGGUCGACGGCGGACCACGAGCUCCAACAGCAAUGGCGUCGGUACCCGGGAAGUGCACAACAAGCUGGAAAAGAACCGCCGGGCCCACCUGAAGGAAUGCUUCGAACAGCUGAAAAAGCAGCUCACGAUGCAACCGGACGAGAAGAAGACGUCCAACCUGUCAAUACUGCACGCCGCAAUACGGCACAUUCAGCUACUGAAACGCAGGGAGCGCGAGUACGAGCACGAGAUGGAACGGCUGGCGAAGGAGAAAAUUGCCGCCCAAAACCGGAUACUGGUGCUCAAGCGUGAAAUGUCCCAGUGGGGCGAUGUGGACUUUUCCCGGCUCGCCACAGACACCAGCACCACCGAAGCGCUUCCGAACGGUGCCAGCAGCAGCAGCAGCGGCGGCGGCACCAGCAGCAGUGUGCUGUUGUCGGACAGAGAUCUUUUGAAUGAUACUCCGGGUGUUGCCCCAGGUCGCAAUGGUCUGCGAUACAGUUCGUCCAGUUCCCUGUCCAGUGUUGCAACAACGGCAUCCCUGAGCAAUCUACCGCUCCAAACCACCAUCUCGCCAGUGAUGAUGUCCAGCACAUCACCGACCCGCGCAAGUCCACCGUCAUCCGCAUCGUCGCUGUCGGUGAAUCGAAACACCAACUCCCCGGCUGCCAUCCCGCUGUCGCUUACCACCAAGGGAAGCCCGAUACCGGUUACUAUUGCUGUAUCCGCUGAUACGCACAAUGGCGGUAGCAAUUCUCCAUCGCCUCUCAAACUGGCUGCCACCAGCGGAAGCAGUAUCCUUCCGAACGGACUCAACAUGAGCACCAUCCCCAUUAGUAACAGCAGCAUUAUUAGCAAUGGCAAUCCGAGUGGUGGUAACAUUUCGAACAGCGGUAGUUUCAACGGGACCAGUACAGCCACCGCUCUGCCGUUGUUUGUCGGUGGAAACAACAUGAACCAAUCUCAGCUGUUCACGCCUGUAACGGCCACCAUUCUAACAGCCAACGGCGGUACCUCUAUCCAGACGCUUCCGUUAAAUCUGAACGUAACGUCCACCAUGUCCAACGGCAGCGGCAGCAUGUCCAGUCACGCGGUGUCAUCCGUACCAUCAUCAGCGAACAGUGUCAGUAGCAGCAUCGUUAAUGGACUGACCGGUUCGUCCGGCAGUAGUCUUCAGAUCAUCGGUAAAACCGCUAACGGCACUACAAUUCCGGCUGGGCUUAUCAGUGCCACUACCGGCAAGGAGCUGCUCAACGGUACCCGCCUGCCGAAGAAUGGUUUUCGCACCGAUGGCAACAAAAUUGAAAUUAUCACUGCACCCUCGAAUGGCGGUGGUGGUUCCUCGCUGGAUCAGCCUGCGACCAAGGUGAUCAAGCUGGUCAACGGGAACACCAUCGUUGGUUUGACAGCGGUCGAUAAGGUUGUUCAGCAAGGUGGACUUAUGGUUAGUCCAAUACAAUUGCUGGCCUCUGCCCAGGGGCUUCGUGUUAUACAACAGGCGCCGAACGGAUUGGCCACCAUUGAACUCAGUACACCUGCCAAUGUGCAGUCACAGUCAAAUCAAACCCAACGAACCACCGGUGGUAGCGGAAGCAUGCACGGUACCACCGUCAAUAACAGUAACACCAGCUCAUUGCAUUUAUCCAGUCAGCUAUCGAAUCAAUCAAGCCAAACAUCAACCCACCAAUCACAGCAGCCGCAAAUCCAGCAAAUGACCAGUGCUCAGCUGCACAAACUCCUGCUAAGUUCUACUGGGACCAACGGACUCAACGGGUUCACCAACGGUAGUAACGGUCUCGUAACCAGUGCAGCCUACGCCAAUGGAAAUACAACGAGCAUCACACCGGAACUGGCUCGGCUGCCUGGCGGUGCCGAGCUGAACAUCUUACCCGCCGGAACCAAUGGUACCACGGCAAUGCCGCUUUAUCGAACCACCGGCGGGCAGCAGGGUAAGCUUUCCUUCGUGAAUGCUAUCUCUAGCAACGGUACUGGACUGACUUUAAAAGGUACCGAUUCCACAGCUUCCAGCAAUGGCAGCCGAACCGCUGUCCACGUGGUGACUCCGAUCCAGACCAGCGCUGGCCAGCUGUCGGGUCUCACCCCGGUCAUGGUUUCCCGCUACGACCCGGACAGUAAUUUGCCUGCGCUCUUCACCACGACUGCCACCGGGUCACAGACGACCACCCAGCUGGGCAAGGUGGGUUCGGCACUGCUUUCCCGAAACUGAGCC